AGAUUGUCCUUGUACGCUCGAGUCUUCGCGGCAAGGUACAUACACAAUUCAUGGGGAUUAAGAAUGUGCCAAAGGCCGACGGUGAAAAUAUAGCAAAGGCUAUUACGUCUUGUUUAACAGAUAGGUUUGGUGAUGACUGGAAAACUAAAGUAGUAGCCAUGGGAACAGAUGGUGCUUCAGUAAUGCUUGGUCAGAAAAGUGGAGUUGUUCAGCGAAUAAGAGAAUACACUGACAGACCAUUCAUUUAUGCCAUCCACUGCUCUGCACACAGACUUGAACUAGCAUACAGGGACGGUUUGAAGGCCUUACAAACAACUACACCACAAAAGUGUGAUGCUUUACUCCUAAAUCUGUACCUGUUUUAUAAGUACAGUCCACUGAAUAGAGCAAAUUUGCAGGCUGCCUUCGCAAGUUUAGGAAUGAAGAUGAAAGUUCCAACACGAGUAGGUGGAACAAGGUGGUUGGCGCAUACUAAAAGGGCCAUUGAUCAUGUUUUGUUUGGUUUGCCUGCAAUAUCCCUGCAUCUUGAACAGGUUAGACAAUCUCACAGAAAAGACUCAGCUGCAAAGGGCAAAAAUUUUCUGAAGUUGCUGAAGGACAGAAACGUUACUUUCUGGUUGUACUCCCAGAUGGAUAUUGUGUCCGCACUAGCACAGGUGUCAGAAGCUAUACAACAGAAGAACAUUUCGCUUGGAGAUGUUUGGAAUGAACUUGAGUCUGUAAAAUGUAUCCUGACAAAGUACAAAACAAGAAGAUUUUGCUGACAUGGAGGUGGUGGACAUAGCUCAGAGUUGUGAGCCUGCUCUCAAGGCAUAUAAUUGCGAUUUGGAGGUUGAGUCCAUAGAGUUAGAGUGGAUCAGGUUGAAGAGGGAAAUUUACAACAGGUAACAUUACUUAUGUACACACAUAUAUUUAUAAUAUAAAUUGAUAACCCAGUAAGUCUUCAGCUGUAUUAUUAUAAUUGUAUUAAAUGUAUUUUUGUUGUUUUUUUUUUCAGCAGAAAAGUGGAAGCCAUUGCAAAACUGACCUGGCAAGACCUGUGGGACUCUAUGCAGCCCAAAUACACAAACCUAUUCGCCUUAAUUGAAUUGCUGUUGACACUCCCAUCUAGCUCUGUGGAUGCAGAGCGAGGAUUCUCAAGGUAUUUCAGUGUUUAAAGUUCUUUCUUUUUCAGUCAUUAUUAUUUGAAAUAAUCCUAGUCUUCUUUUAUUGCACUUAGAUAAAAAAUAUAAUAAUUUUCUCUAUUAUUUUAGGAUGAAAAUAACAAAAAAUGACUGGAGGUCCUCGCUUAGUUCUAGCUCUCUUAGUGAUUUGAUGUUAAUCCACUCAGAGACUGAGUCUGUUGAGG